AUGAGUGAGUAUGAGGCUCUCGCACCUUGGCAAGGGUUGCAGGGGAUUCCAUUCCGACUGGGGGCUGCGGGUUCGGCGAUCAGCGUACGGCCGGCCGUCUGUGAGCAACUGGAGCACUGGAGAAUUCUCCUCCCCCACGCGCACGCGGCGAUGAUGGUGAUGAUCCUAUGCCCCCUGUCCUGCCCUGUCCGUCUCGUGAUUGGGGAAUUUCCCGACGUCCCCGAUCCAAUGCUCGAUCCAAACACGGAGUUCGAAACUUUUUACUUUCUGCCUGGUACUCUCUCUCCCUCUCACAGCUCGUUCUCGUUGUUUUGCUUCACCAGGGAGUACAGUCACGUAAUGUAG